CAGCGUACUUGGUUACAGAGUUGGAGUGUAAACAUUGGGUGGAAGUAGGCAGAAGAAAUGCGAAUUAUAAUCGAUCAGGAACAAUUCGACUUUUAUUGAUGGAAAUAACUUGGGGCGGCUUGGAAGACAUUUCUCGUCCAGCCUCGAGUGAACGCACUCGUUCUGGAAGUCGUGUGUCGACAUCCACGUUAGCCGAGGGUGGCAGAAUCAGCCGUUCAAGUCCAACAUCCCUGGAAGUUCUCAGUUCUGACAUUGAGGACAAGGACAAGGUCCACACUAUGGUCCUGCAAGCUAAACGUUUUCCAGAGAACAGUUUCGAUGAAGAUUGCUCGAAUGAACAAGUCCCUUCAGAUAAAGAGACAUCCCAGACAGAUGGCGAAGAGGAAGAGUGUGAAGAUUUGGAGCUGCAGAAAGCCUUCAAAAAGAUGGAGAGACUGGAUAAAAUCCUCUCACAGAGGAUCUCCAAUGAAAAAGAGGUGAAAAAGAGAGGACGAGAGCUCUCCCAACAACUUUGGAGGGAACUGGAGGUAUGGACCAACUGUUACCAGGAAUCUACAGUAAGAAGUGGUAGCAGGGAAGCGAUUGAAAACACAAAGUUGUUUUUUGCCCUAACAUCCUCUACCUGCCAAGAGUCCAGUAAGGUGCCAGAUGUUGUCCCUGUGUUCGGGACACAGAUACCUGAAAAGGAGUAUGAGAAACACUCUAAUGAAGAACACGUGGAAGGCAGUAAGAGGAGUGACUCAGCUAGAACAGCCAAGGUGGAAGGGGAAGGUGUCAAAAUGGAUGACCAGGGGAGCGUAACCCAAGAGAAAGGGGACAAAGGUAAUGAGGAGGAGGAAGGUGACAAAGUGGAGGAGGAGGACAGGGACAAACCAAGCAAAGUCAGCAGCAGACAGAUGGGGAGUGCCGCAGGCAAGCAGCAGACACAAGACUUUGUGAAGAAAAAUAUUGAACUGGCGAGCUCAGGGCUCCAUGUGCCCAUGACUGUGGAUGAGAAACAGAGGCUGUCCCAGCUGCUUCAGGACAUUGAUGAGGAGACUGCGGACCAAUACAGCCCUGCAGACUGUCAGGAAGUGGCCUCCUCGGCCUCGGCGUGUGUGCUGUCCAUUCGGCUGGGUGAGGGCUACACGCCUCAGCCCUCGGAGCUGGACCAGCUGGUGCAGAUCGACGCCAGGCUGCAGACGCUGCUUCCUCCCGAGGACUUCCUGUCUGUGCGAAGCCCCUACCCCGACCACGGCUUGCCCCAGGUGUUCAGUGUGGCGUCGAUGGGAGCGGCGUCGGGGCCUGGUUCGGGUUUGGGUCUGGGUCUGGGUCCGGUGGUGCUGGAUGAGAGUGCUCCGGGGGAGAGGGUGCUCCAGGCCCUGAGGGAGAGGAAGGGGCAGGAGGAGCGGCUCAGACACAUCCAGCAGCAGCUGGACACGCUGGAGCAACGCCAAGCCGACGCCGUUGAGCUGCCCAGGCUACCAGAGGAGCAGCUGCAGAGGCUGCUGUUGGAAUGUGAGCUGGCCCAGAGCAGAGCCCCGAGCCUGGCCGGCACGCGCCACCCCUACCCCUACUCGCACCCUGGAUCCUCCCGCGCCACCUCCACCUCCGUCGCCUCGGUGUCUGAGAUGGAGGGAGAGGAUGCGGAUGCGGACGGGGACGGGGAUGUGGGUUCGGAGGGAGAGUGGUCGUCUUCACUGGGCUGCACCCCACGCCUCUCCAGCGCCGCCCUGGAGGAGCUGCUCAGGGAUUACAGGAUGACCUCCACCAAGCCGCAGGAAGCUGAGGUGCCCGCAGAGGAGCAAGGAGAGGGAGAUGCUAAGGAGGCGAAGAAGGAGGUGGAGGAGGAGGAGGAGGAGGAGAAGGAGGUGGAGGACAGAGAUGAAGAGGUGGAGCAGAGAGGCGUCUGAUCUGGAGUUCAGUGGAGACGGAGAGACUGGUGUGGUGUAUAUGUGGGCCUGUGACACGUUAGCAAGAAUCUGAUAUUUUAAAGUCUUAUGACUAGCUGUGGAAAGAGGAGGGAGAAGACACGCUGUUAAAAUAUCCUCAAAGAAACAAACUCAACGGUGGAAAAAAUCGGUUCCGAAAAUCUCAUGGAAUCGGAAAUGAUAUAUUGAGGCCUUCAGACAUCAAACUGACAUUUGGUAGACAAUCCUCCCGGCCCGGGCCUCCCUACAUCUACUUUUGGAUCUGGUGUGUUUGCUCUUCAGACGUGCGUCCCCUUUUUCUACCGGCACUAGCAUAAGGUCAGGUCAGCGUAUAGUCCCGCUUUAGCUGCCCAAAUAUUAGUACACCUUGCAAAUCUGGUAUGGGGAACUAUUAGCGACUAAUAGAGACAUUCCUCUGCGUUCGUCUACAGACAUCUAGGGAGUGGAGGGCAGGGGUGGUGGUGGGGUGGUGGGGGUCUGAGCGGUUGAAACUAUGUCUGUACCACUGCAGGGAGGCAGGGAGGCAGUCGGUAGUCGAGGUUACAGAUUACCAAAGGAGCAUUCCAACCAGUUUCAUAUGUUUCUCUCUCUCUCUUUUUUUUUGCACCCUGCAAAUGGCCAUUGAGAUUGACCCAUGGCUCAUUGAGUUAUACGUCAUUAAACAAUUUAUGUUGCUUUUCU